AGUAUAUAAUAAUAAAGCUAUAAUAGAGUGUCGUGGUGAAGUGGAGAGAUUGAAGAAGAGGGGAUGACGCAUAAUUAGAGUUUUGUCGAUCGCGCGGUGGCGAUGCAACGCGUAGCUCUCCAUGUGUAGUGGUUAAGAGGAGUGAUUGAAGAAAACGGGACGCAUAAUCAGAGGGAAACUUCUCACUUCUCUCUCUUUUGUCGAUCGCGCAGCGGCGAUGCAACGCGUAGCUCUCCAGGGUCGCCACCUCCUCUCCUUCUCCCCCUCUCGCUUCCUCUCCUCCCACCACAUGAGUACGGACGCACAAGCGGCGAUCGCUCGGUUGAGGGAUUCGGGGCUUUUGAAGAGUAAAGGGCUUGUCGGAGGGAAAUGGGUCGAUUCGUAUGAUGGGAAAACCGUUCAGGUGCAAAACCCUGCUACUGGUGAUGUUAUAGCAAAUGUUCCAUGCAUGGGCAAGAGAGAAACAGAUGAUGCAAUAUCAUCGGCAUAUAACACCUUUUAUUCUUGGAGCAAGCGCACUGCAAGUGAAAGGAGCAAGUGUCUUAGAAAAUGGUAUGAUCUGAUUGUUUCUCACAAGGAAGAUCUUGCACUACUUAUAACAUUAGAACAAGGAAAACCUUUAAAGGAGGCCCUGGGUGAGGUUUCUUAUGGGGCUGCCUUUAUUGAAUUUUUUGCUGAGGAGGCAAAGCGCAUAUACGGUGAUAUAAUUCCCCCUACAUCAUCUGAUCGUCGGUUGUUUGUACUGAAGCAGCCUGUUGGAGUAGUUGGAGCAAUUACACCCUGGAACUUUCCUUUAGCCAUGAUUACUCGAAAGGUGGGCCCUGCAUUAGCUUGCGGAUGCACCGUAAUUGUUAAGCCAUCAGAGUACACUCCCUUGACUGCAUUAGCUGCAGCAGACCUUGCUCUUCAAGCUGGAAUACCACCUGGUGCACUUAAUGUGGUGAUGGGCAAUGCUCCUGAUAUUGGUGAUUCUCUUCUUCAGAGUACACAGGUAAGGAAGAUAACCUUCACUGGAUCAACAGCUGUUGGGAAAAAAUUAAUGGCAGGAUCAGCAAAUACAGUUAAAAAGGUUUCACUGGAACUUGGUGGAAAUGCACCUUGCAUUGUAUUCGAUGAUGCAGAUCUUGAUGUUGCAGUAAAAGGCAGUCUUGCUGCAAAGUUCCGCAACAGUGGGCAAACAUGUGUAUGUGCAAACAGAAUAUUGGUACAAGAAGGUAUAUAUGACGAAUUUGCAAAUGCUUUGACAAAGGCUGUUCAGAAUUUGCAGGUGGGCAAUGGCCUUGUUGAAGGCGUAGUUCAGGGUCCAUUAAUCAAUGAAGCAGCUGUAGAGAAGGUUGAGAAGUUCGUUAAUGAUGCCACUUCGAAGGGAGCAAAUGUUAUCCUUGGGGGAAAGAGGCAUAGUCUUGGCAUGACAUUUUAUGAACCUACUAUACUUGGCAAUGUGAAUAGCGAGAUGCUUGUUUCUAGGGAAGAGGUCUUCGGGCCAGUUGCACCACUUUUGCCGUUUAAAACUGAAGAAGAAGCCAUCAAAAUAGCUAACGACACAAAUGCAGGACUGGCUGCUUAUAUUUUCACAAAAAGCAUACCUCGAUCUUGGCGAGUAUCAGAAGCUCUUGAAUAUGGGCUUGUUGGUGUCAAUGAAGGACUUAUUUCUACUGAAGUGGCACCAUUUGGAGGGGCUAAGCAAUCCGGCCUCGGACGAGAGGGUUCCAAAUAUGGGAUUGAUGAGUACUUAGAACUUAAGUAUGUGUGCAUGGGUAACUUGGAGGCUUAAAUGGAAGUUGAUUCGAAGAAAACCUACUUAGCUGGUGCACCGUAGGAAUCAGAUAGAUGACCAAUUACUAUGGUUUGCUGAGCCAUAAGAAGCUCAUCCAGAGGUGUACAUUACGAAGCUUCACCACUGUGUAGUUAAAUAGAGUUUAAUAAGGGUCCUUUUGAGCGUAGGUUGAACUUUUUCUCCUUUCUUGCUUUGAUGCGAAGAGUGUCGUUAAAUAAAAUGUCGAACUUGGCAUUCAAACAGAGUGUCGUUAAAUAAAAUGUCGAACUUGCCAUUCGAUAGUUGUUGGGUCUUAAGUUGGUGGUUUCGAAUUGUUGGGUCAUCCGUACACUAAACCACCAUUUUCAGAUCUGUACACUAAAUUACCAUUUCAGAGCAUCAGAGUGAUCUGUGGAAGUUCUCUUCAGGUAUAUUACUCACUAUGUUUUGGGCAAAUAUUCGGGUGUGGAGCAGUUUUGUCUUGUGAACUCGUGCGGUUAAACUGUGGUUUUGAUUAAAACGUUUGUUGAAA